AUGAGGCUACGGAGCCCAUGCGGCGUAAAAGGGAUAGCAGCCGAUGCACUCGUCGACCUUGUCCAAAGCUGCUACCCGUCCGCCACUGUCCUGUUCACCUCGGUGGCGAAUAAUGUUGCCGCUGCAGAUAACAGUGAGCUCCGCAUCUCCAGUUCGCUCGACGCAUGGCAGGCAAAGCUGCACACACGCCGAGCUUGGAGGCAAGGUCUGAGCGUAGACACCCCUGGGUUUCAGCGCAUCUUGGCACGCCGCCACAUCGUCCCUGCCAGAUCGGCAGAGGCUGCAGCCUCAUCAUGGUGGGCGCUACUGUACGCUGCCGACGCUACAAACCGCCCACGUGUUGCCCUUCCUCGACAGCCAUCGCAGUCAUUGCCGCCGUCUCAUAUCGCACACCCUAUCCUCUGCUGCCCAGACGCCAUCGUGUACAUCGGCGGCGUCGAGGUGCGGGAUGUGACGCAAGUGGUGGCGCCAACGCUUGUGGAUGCGGUGACCAGAGUUGAAGCGCCGCACAGCACCGUCGGCGCGGCGUCCGCCACACACCGCGCAGAGCGACAGGCACCCAGCUACUGCCGGCGACGCGUUGACUGGCCUACCGUAUGGGCGGAUAAGCGGUGCGCUAUGCGCGGGGCCGACUUGCUGGAGCUCUCACUCGCCGUGCCGAGCGACUUAGGCCACCGCCAUGCGGAUGUUCGUGAACGCGUGUUAGUCUCCAUUGCGAAUCCUGAUGUCACCUUGGCAGAUCUGCAGCGUCAGCCACACGCCGGGCGUCGCGGGCCGCUUCGAACGUCCUUUGGGUUUUCGCUUCCCUGCGUUCAAGCCGCCCUACCAGCUGCGGUGAUACGUGCCGUUCGUGUGCUGCGCCGGUGGCAGCGAGACGUGGCGCACUGCAUUCCGAGCACGAGUGCCUUCUGGGUCUCCUCGAUCGGCCAUCUGCUGGAGACUAGUGUCGGCGACGCAGCCUCUCCACUGACGCAGUGGGCGGAAGCAUGUACGCGGCAGGAACAGGAGUUGGGGAUGUCGGAGACGCAGAUGCGCCACCUUUUCGCCAUCGUACAACCCGACAGCGAUCAAACAAGCACCCGAGUACCGCUUCCCGAGGACGCAACGAAGCUGCUCACGUUUCUCCUCACUUCCACUGUCCUACAGCUGGCGUGUACGUCGCCGUUGGAAGCGUGGAACGGCACGAACUACUUCCUCCCAGCAGAACGGUUUGAUGGCACCACGGACGCCGAGGUGUUGCUGCGCACCAUGCGCAGUGUCGCAGGGACACACCUAACCUUUCCCAUCUUCUCUAGCCUCUACGGCUCACCGUGCGGUGCAGAACAGGGUCCUUUGAGCCAGUCCUCCCCAUAG